AAGGAGAGAGCUGACCUCAGGCUGCAAUGGUGUGAUUUCCCUUUGCAAGCGCCACUCCUCGUUACAAUAUUCCAUAGCUCCAGGAUUUUUUCCUGACUCAACGCAUUAUCAUCCCCAAGCCUCCCCAAAGGCAGGUAUCUCGCUGCUGAUUUGUCUCUUUAUCCCUUGCCUCAUUCUCAAGAGGGGGGGGAAAAACCCAGAAGCAAUUAACUCUGCUUUUUUUAUUUUGUUACCUUUCAUGUAAAAGAACUUUUGUUAGGCGGUUAUUCCCACGCAUGCAGGGUUGCAAACUGCAGGAGCUGGCCAGUGCCCAGGAGAUGUAAGGCGCUUGGAAGAAUCCCACCCUGGGAGUGGUACUUGCAUUGUAUGUGUGUGUGUAGCCUCCCACUCCAGUUGCCUUUUAUUUAUUUUUUUUUUUAUGCUGUGCAGUGCUUCUGUGAAAUGCUUUUUUGGUUAAAAGAAGAAGAGAUGUCACAUCAGGAGCUAACCCAGCGACUGGCUACAGUCAUCACUCAUGUGGAUGAAAUCAUGCAGCAGGAGAUAAGGCCGCUGGUCGCAGUGGAUAUAAUUGAGCAACUCCACAGGCAAUUUGCCAUCCUGUCAGAUUAUGAGAGUGCUGCAUUUGUUCCACUGAUUAAGGAGGACAGAUUACAUAAGUUCGGUGGUGCAAAAACGCUGGCUGCUAUUAGGCGAAAGCAGGUGUGUAUUAGAAUGAGGACCGUUGCUUGGACAAUGACACGGAGGAGGCUGGGUUGUGCUGCAGCACAGUUACUCGGAACUGGUCUACCUCCACGUAACCCAGCAUCCCUCUUUCAUCUAUUUUGCAGUCUGGAGGCUGCCAGCAUUGGAUUCAUCAUCGUUAUAGACCGACGACGGGACAAAUGGAGUGCAGUAAAGGCAUCCCUGACACGGAUAGCAGGAGCUUUUCCAGGGAACCUGCAGCUGGUCUUUGUCCUGCGGCCCUCCCGCUUUAUUCACAGGACAAUCGCUGACAUCGGCAUUAAACUCUAUCGAGAUGACUUUAAAAUGAAGGUACCGAUCAUCAUGUUAAAUUCUGUUUCUGAUCUACAUGGCUAUAUUGACAAAAGUCAGCUAACUCGGGAGUUAGGGGGAACCCUGGAAUAUGGCCACAGUCAAUGGAUACACCAUCGAACUGCCAUUGAGAACUUUGCCAUGACGGUGAAAACGACAGCACAGAUGCUACAGACCUUUGGAACGGACCUGGCAGAGACGGAGCUUCCCAACGAUGUGCAGUGCACGGAGGAACUCCUCUCCUCCCACACAGAGCACCACAACAAGCUGAAGGAUGAGCUGAAACUAGCCGUGAAGCAGGGCGCCACACUACUGACGUGUAUUAGAGAGCCAGUCACGCGGAGCUCCGCUAGCAAACUCAGUCCAGACGAGCUAGAAAAUGUAGCGACGGUGGAAAGGUUAUUGGCUCAGUUGGAUGAAACAGAAAAGGCGUUUGAUCAAUUUUGGUCCAAACAUCACCUAAAACUGGAACAGUGCCUGCAGCUCCGACACUUUGAACAUGAUUUCAGAGAGGUAAAACUGGAACUGGAUAAUCUGAUGGACGCGCAAGCUGGUUUCACAGAUAUUGGAGACAGCAUGACUCGAGUGGAGCACCUCCUAAAGGAAUGGAAACAACUGGAAGAGAAAGGACAGGAACCUUUGGAAAAGGCCCAGUCACUAGCUCUGCAUGGAGACCAGCUCAUCCAAAACAACCAUUACGCAGUCGACUCCAUUAGGCCAAAGUGUGUUGAACUCAGGCGUAUCUGCGAUGACUUUACCAAUGAGACCAAGAAGAAAUAUGAUAUUUUGGGAAAGUCCCUUGAGCUGCAUAAGCAGUUAGACAAGGCGAGACAAUGGUGUGAAGCUGGAAUCUACCUCUUAGCUUCUCAAGCUGUGGAUAAGUGCCAAUCACAAGAGGGAGCUGAAACUGCGCUGUGUGACAUAGAGAAAUUCCUGGGAACCGCUAAGGAACACCAGUUGUCUAACCCUAAGGAAUUCUACAACCAGUUCGACAUGAUUCUGACCCCUGAAAUAAAGGCCAAUGCCCAAAAAGUUCUACAAAAACUAGAAGACGUGCAAGAAAUGUUUGACAAGAGGCAAGUGAGUUUGAAGAAGCUGGCAGCCAAGCAGACUCGGCCGGUACAACCUGUCGCCCCGCAUCCUGAAUCCUCCCCCAAGCGAGCAUCACCUAAGAGCACCAGACCCGCACCAUUAGCUACCAAUAGGAGAUCAGCAGAAAUUCCCUGUCCACCAAAGUCCAUCUCUGAGGUAGAAUUAUCAAAAAAGAAAAACAAAAAGAAAAAGAAACGAGGAAGAAAAAGAAUUGAAGUGAUGCAUGAAGCCAGUCAAGGUGGGUCCAGCAGAGUCCUUGUGAUGAGUGAAAGCGAGGAGAAUCUUUCCACUAGGAGGAGCCACAUAAUAAAUGAACUGAUAGAAACAGAGCGGGUUUAUGUAGAAGAACUUCAAAGUAUAAUAGAGGGCUAUGCUUCAGAAAUGGACAAUCCUGACUUAAUUCAUCUGAUCCCAUUGGCUCUUCAGAACAAAAAGGAAGUUCUUUUUGGCAACCUCCCGGAAAUCUAUGAAUUCCACAACAGAAUUUUCCUUAAGGAGCUGGAAAAUUGCAUUGAGAACCCUGAGCUUCUUGGCCGGUGCUUUUUAAAAAGAAAAGAGGAUCUCCAAGUGUAUGAAAAAUACUGUCAGAACAAGCUAAGAUCUGAAGCCCUCUGGAGACAAUGUGGAGAUAGCCUCUUCUUUCAGGAAUGCCAGCGUAAACUGGAUCAUAAACUCUCACUAGAUGCUUAUCUCUUAAAGCCAGUCCAAAGGAUCACAAAGUACCAGUUGCUUUUAAAGGGAGAUGUGCAUGAGCUUGGUAAGCUGCUGAUGCAGGGCUCCUUCAACGUCUGGACUGAUCACAAGAAGGGCCAUAGCAAGGUGAAGGACUUGGCUAGGUUCAAACCGAUGCAGAGGCACCUCUUUCUCUACACAAAGAUCCUGCUCUUCUGCAAGAAACGGGACGAAAACACGGAUGGCCACGAGAAGUCUCCUUCAUACAGCUUUAAGAAUUCUUUAAAGAUGAGUACUGUUGGCAUCACAGAAAACGUAAAGGGUGAUAACAAGAAGUUUGAGAUCUGGUAUAAUGGCCGAGAAGAGGUCUAUAUCAUUCAGGCUUCUUCAGUUGAGUUGAAAAACAUCUGGGUUUCUGAGAUUAGAAAAGUCCUGACAGGACAACUGGAAGCAUGCAGAGAAGCAAGCCAGCUACACCAAAGAAUCACUGAGAGUGUGUACCAUGCACCGAUGAAUUCCUCCAACUCAACCAGAUAUAGCAGGAAGUCAUCAAGUGUGUAUGAAAAUAAAUCUGAGCCAACAAACCGGGAAACAUCUAACGACAGGAGCAGAAACUCCAGUCCCAGCACUAGACAAAAGAGAGCUGAUGCUUCCACCAGCCUUAACCUUGAGUGCUCAGCUCUUGCUAGAAAGCGAUUCACAUUACAAGGUCUUUCCAACCGCAGAGCUCCACCUAAAGAUCCAGAAACUAAAGAGAGAGAAGUGACCCGUCGCUUUUCCCUUGCCUCCUCCAUCAGCACCACAGUCACCACAUCUGCUCUGACCAAAGGUCCCCUGGGUUCUGCCGUUAAAGUCAAGAGACAUGAAAUAAAGAGUGAUCCAACUCCCCUGGGGUUUGAAGAUGCUUUUGAGAACACCAUCUUAGCCCAGACUAAAUGUAAUGCUGGUUCCAUCACAAGACCAGUUCCUAGAUCUGCUUCACAGACAGGUUGGCCCAGCAGGCAGAUGCCCUCGCUAGACACCUUUGAGGAUUUCGAAGCCAUCCCAUCCAGCACGGAUGAACUCUCCAACUCUUCUGACAUGGAGGAAGAGGCCAAUCCUAACAAUGGGUCCAAUCUUUUACGGGUAGAAGGCAGUUAUGAAACCUGUUUCCCAGAGUCUCUCACUCUAGAGAAUGGAGAUUUAGUGCAUUUUGUACAGGAAGGAGAAAAUGGACAAUGGUUAGUAAAGAAGCUGGCUUCUGAGAAAAGCGAUUGGGUUCCUUCCAGUGUGUUACAGCCAGCAGAAGGCGAUAGUAACAGUAUCCUUAGGAAGAACAAUGCAGAAGUGUACAAUGAUACAUGCAGCACAGUCCUGGCAGACACUGAAAUGAAGGAAAGUGAGGUGUCCAGAAGCUUAACGGCAGAACAGAGGGCUGGGAGUUGAACUACAGGACAGGUUUUCCUCAUGACUCCUUCCUCUUCUUUAUUUGUUUUGGUGGAUGCUGGAUCAAGUCACCUUUCCCACAGCUCUGAGCUUCAGAAUUCAUUCCAACCUCAUUAACAGGAAAGCUGCUAGGUCCACGGCAUGAGCUGAAAAACUGAAGGAGCAUUAAAAAUUCAAACGGCAUCAAAAUCCUCUUCAGCAUUGAACAGAAAAAAAUGCUUCUCGCAUUGUUUAUUGAACCAUUUGAUAGGAUGUGGCCUAAAUUAGGUCGACAGCAGAGUGGAAAGUUACUAUGCACUCACCUUGUGGCGACAUCGCUUGGACAUUGGGUUACUUCAGAAGAACAUGGUCACCAGUCACUGCUCCACCAUGGGAAUGUCCUGGAGUUUUUCCGUUCAUUUGGCUCUGCUGCUGUGCCUUCUGCUGCCUCCCUUAAUUCCACUGGAUAGAAAAUGAUAUCUUCAGUCAUUUCUAACUGAUCAUUAACAGGAACAGAAAACUGCAGGGUAGUGGUGGGGGAAAUACAAGUCCCGAAUCAAUGAAGCUUAGCACAGCCGUGGCGUGACUGCUUCCUCUCAGUGAAUGGCCUUCUGUUUACAAGAUCUUUGGAGGAGACAGAUUGGCAACUUUUGACUAAGAGGUGGCGAUUCAGGGUUAGGCAGGAACCAAGAUGUGGCAACUAUUGUGACAUUUUGAGGUCUUUUUUGCAGUAUAAACAGAUUCUUUCCCCCAGUCCGUGGUUUUUGGAUCACAUUCCUCCACAUUUGGUGCUGAUAAUUCCGUUGAAUGUCAUUUAACGUUCUACAUUUGAGUAGACUGCAUGCUGUACACUUCCUUUGUGUGCUGGACUCUGGAGUAGGUACGGUUCAUCCCCAUAUGGUAUCAGACUAUACUUAGGCAUUUGCAAAUGGGCAGGUGGGCUUUAGAAGCACUGAGGAGUAGAUAAAGUGUUAUUGUUAAAUGCUUCUUUCCAGGACAUUUUAUUAAAGACUGUACCAAAUCUCUGCAGCAUAAGAAUAUAAUGUAGAUCUGUAAAAUUCCUACAAAAAUCAUUAGCUCGUUCAGAGCAGGUCUGACAGCAUUUGCAUGGAGGCAUUUUGAUGCAAAAUGGGAGUUUUAGAUCCCACAAAGCUGCUAGUCCCUUAACUUUUGCAAACGUAAAUAUUGACCUAGGACUGUGAAAACCGAAAAAGACUGGCCUGAAAGAAAUUACACUACAGAGCUCAAAAGUCAGUGAUUGAUUUUGACUAAACGAGACCCUUUUUGUACCAUGAUUAGUGAUGCUCUGUGUAAAAUAAAGGCUCUCAUAGCACUAAAAAGGGAGAAAAGGCCAAACCAAAAGCAAAGCAUUCAUUAUGAAUUGUACCAUGGGCCAAAUAAUACAAUGCAUUAAUAAUGUUUGAACUAUGGGUUCAUUGCAGGGACACAAGUGUUUCUCUUUGUAUCGUGGAGGUUUUGGGGAUUUUGGUGGCGCAAUUACCAUAAUACAGCAAAUCAUUGAAGCACAUGAAUAGUCCCCGUGAAGAGAAAAUGAAGGCACAUGCUUAAUUAUACCUUGCUGAAUUGGGGUCCUAGAGAGUGUAUUGGCUUAAUGAGGCGUUUGACUGCAGUACCAAACAGAAUGGAUGCUGGCUUAGAACGCCAAGUUUCUCAUCCAGCCUCCAAAUACCUAACGCCUUUGAUUUAUGCUGCUUUCUGUUUUGCUGAUUUGUUGUCUAGAGGAAACACGAUUCAGUGGGCCAGAGUCUUCCCUCCUUUACUGAAGAUAAGGAUUUGGCCUGAGUUGUUCUGGGGAUAAAUCCACUAAAUAACAUUCAGGCUCAAUAUUGCCCUGAAGAACACACAACUCCUGCUGAAGUCCACUGAAGUCAUAUGAGCGACUUGAGGGCAAAGUUGAGUCCCUCCUCCAGUCCCCAUUGCAAUGAAAUCUUUGAGUGAAGUCAUUUUCUUCCCCACAGAAUAACUUCACUGUGACGUCCCUGUUAUUGUCAGUAGUGUAUGCACUGUCUGGUAACAAUGCUUCUCUCUUACCCCCACCUUUCCCCAAACAGUGGGGCGAGAGAGUUUUUAUUGCAUGUUCAUGUGGAGGGGGCUUAUAUGAAAUUGCCAAACCUAAGAUUUAUUUGUACUGUUAUUGUUGACUUGUGGAAAGGCCAAAAAUUGCACUUUGAAAUCUCUCUAGAUGAAAGGCUAGGAAUCGACGUUAUUAUUGUUGUUGAUCAAAUAUCCGACUCCCAGGAGUGGGAGCCAGCAGGGUCUGUCUUUUAGAGGACAGGAAAUCAGGAAUCCUUUGGGUUCUGUUCCUGCCUCUGCCUCUUGCAGUAUUAACUUGGGCCAAGUCACUUACCCCCUCAGUGCCUCUUUUUCCCCAUCUGUAAAAUGGGGUGAUGACAUUUUGUCAUGUGCAGAAGAUGUCAGCUUACACACUCUCCUCACUCAGACCUGCAAUGGGGUGUCAGCAGGUGCACCUAAGGUGGGGGAUCCCCGUCCUGCACCCAGUCUGUGCCCUCUUGGGCAGUGAAGCAUCACCAGAUUUGAUAGCUGUCUCCCCCCGCACACAUACCCCUUUACGUUCAAGGAGCACUAGCAUAACAUCCUGCCUGGGUCCUACUUGAUCGCCCUGGGGCUAGUGAGGGAACAGGUUUUCUUUUCUUUCAGUGCACCAAGGCAACAAACAGUUCCCCCCACCACCUCUUUUAAUAACAGUUUCUGCACAUU